CUGGAGCGGGCCAUGCGAGAGCAGGAGCAACGGCUCGGCAUCCGCAUCUCGCUGUCGCACGAGAAGGAGCCUCUCGGCACAGCCGGGCCCCUGGCGCUGGCCCGCGAGCUGCUGGCUGAGGGCACCGAGCCCUUCUUCGUGCUCAACAGCGACGUCAUCUGCGACUUCCCCUUCACCGCCCUCCUGCGCUUCCACCGGCACCACGGCCGCGAGGGCUCCAUCGUGGUGACAAAGGUGGAGGAGCCGUCCAAGUAUGGCGUGGUGGUCUGCGACGCGGAGACCGGGCGCAUCCACCGCUUUGUGGAAAAGCCGCAGGUGUUUGUGUCCAAUAAGAUCAAUGCUGGCAUGUACAUCUUCAACCCCAGCCUGCUGCAGAGGAUCCAGCUACGCCCCACUUCCAUAGAGAAGGAAAUCUUUCCAGUGAUGGCUAAGGAUGGGCAGUUAUAUGCCAUGGAGCUGCAGGGAUUCUGGAUGGACAUUGGGCAGCCUAAAGACUUCCUGACAGGCAUGUGCAUGUACCUGCAGUCACUGAGAGUUCAGCACCCAGAGAGGCUGCAUUCAGGCCCUGGCUUUGUGGGGAAUGUCCUGGUGGACCCUACUGCCAAGAUUGGCAUGAACUGCACUAUUGGCCCCAAUGUUACCAUUGGGGCAGGAGUGGUGGUGGAGGAUGGGGUGCGCAUCAAGCGCUGCACGAUCUUGAAAGGCUCCCAAAUUUGCUCCCACUCCUGGCUAGAGUCCUGCAUUGUUGGCUGGAGGUCUUCCGUGGGCCAGUGGGUGCGCAUGGAGAAUGUGACAGUGCUGGGUGAGGACGUCAUCGUCAAUGAUGAGCUCUACCUCAAUGGGGCCAGCGUGCUGCCUCACAAGUCCAUCUCUGAAUCUGUGCCAGAGCCACGCAUCAUCAUGUAACAUCCCUGGAGUCCUUGCUGCUGUGCCAGAACAAUCUGAGAUUGCCAAGGACUCUCCAGGCCAGUGCACUGGCUGGAUUAAAUAUUUACAGCUCCUUGACUGAACGACUAACCCUUCAUUUCUGGCACAGCCCUGUAAAGGACCAUUCUCUGACUAGGAACCACGCAUGCUGGGAGCUCUCCACCGCUGCAGCCUUCAGUGGGCAGGGCCAGGCAGGCAGCUGUCAGCACCCACCCCAGGCUGUACCUUGUCCCCUCCCCGCUGCAGGACUGGAGCCAUAGGCAGUCAGGUUAAAGGAAGCAGAAAAAUACCAGGAAGCAGGAGCACUUGCUUGUUUACAGCCGUGAAAUAUGGAUGAUGCUGGGUUAAUGGUAUAGGCCUGGCUCAUACUACUGCUUUGUACUGCUUGCAGCACCUUGGGCAGGGUGCCCUGUCAUGUAGGUGGAGUAACAGAGCUCUUUUUUAAGUGGAACAAUACCAAAUGCACUUACAGCCUAACAAGUGA